GUUAGCAAAUAGUUCAUUUAUGUAGUUUACUAAUCUGCAUCAGUAAUACGCGUAAAUUUUUUUUUUUUUACAAAUCGUUUUGAAAAUUGAAGAAAUUUAAAGUAAAAAAAAUGUAUUUAAUCUUGUUUUUAACGUUGAACUUUGUUCUAUCAGAAGUGUUGACUAUUUCAUGCUUCUUUUGUACUAUAUGUCAAUCCAAUAUUUCCUCAAAAUGUAUAACUCUUGACUGUGGUUGCAAAUUUCAUAAAAAAUGCAUUGAUAGAUGGGAAUAUACUGACGAUGAUCCUAAAUGUCCUAAUUGUCAAGCAUCAUUAUUAAAGAUCUGCAAGUAUUGUACAUCAAGAAAGUUAUGGGCUGAUAGUAGAUUUAUUUAUCGAACAACCUGUUGCGAUGAAAGAAUAUGCCAAUAUUGUUAUGAAAGAUGUGAAAAAGCUGUGUAUUGCAUAUGUAGAAUAUGUGAAACAAUGAAUGUAAAAGGAGUUCCAGUAGAAAUAUCCAUUAGAACACUUCGGUGUAAAAUUUGUUAUGACAAGCCGGGGUGUCGUAGUAUGUCCAAAGAUUGCAGACACUUGUAUUGUGAAAAUUGCUUUCAAAAUAUUAUUAAGGACCAAAAUUGUUGUCUUCGCAAAAGUUGCUACGGAAUUUUAGAAGAAUGAUGGGCAAAAUAUAUAAGUUACUUUCACGGUAAUAUAUUAUAAUAAUAAAAAAAUUAUAUAAUUUUAAAAGUUUACUGUAUAACAUAAAAUUAUCAAAAUUACAAUAAAACACAAAAACAAAU